AUGCACGGGCACAUGGGUGUGAAUCACCUCAAAGCAUUUGAGGCAUCCUCGGGGGUGUUAUUUUCCCCAGAGUUCUUUCCUUUCACGAUCCAGACUAUCUGUUCUUCCAAUUUGGAGAAGCUUCGACUUAGCUACAUCAAACUCAGCUCUGCACACUGGGAGAAACUCAUGCGGUACUUGACCAUCUUAGCGCUCGUCGAACUCCGAGUUGACGCUGAUUGCGCACCGUCUACUCUUAUUCGUUUUCUGGCCCGCCACCCUGCUAUCCAUACACUCUGUAUCGUUCCGCGACCUUGUGGUACCUGGAGGACCAAUCGAAUCACAGCUCGUUUGACGCUCCCUAUAUCUAAGCUAGAUGGACCUUUGUCCCAUGUCCUUCCAGUCCUUCGGAGUCUCCGUACACUGCCCACCCUCACUUGCCUUGCACUUUCAUUGCAAGCUCAUGACGCAUCACCUGACUAUCUUAGCUCAGUUUUACAAUGUGUCGACCGUUGUGACAGUGUCGAAUAUCUCUUCAUUUCUCUACCUUCACAGAUUCACUCCCGUUCGGCAAUGAUUUGGCCGGGCACCCAAUCAGCAGUGCGCGUCAAACACUUGGCGUUCGACUCUUCAGACAUUGUAAGGACAUCCCUUCCUUUUGCAGAAGAUACACUGGCAUUGUCAGCGCAGUGGAUUCAAGCCUUCCCUGAAGUCAAACGUGUUAGUAUGCGAGGUUACUCCGCCCUCGCUGCUGGAGAUCUUGUUGAUAUUGUGCGCAAAGUUGUUGCUGCUGAUGUCGAACUAUCUGUGACAUUGCAUAAUUGA